GCAUGACCGAUUUUCAAUUCUUACCCAAAUUUGUGGCGGGACAUGCAACCAACUGUGCUUUGUUGCUGAAAAGGAAACUUUUUCUGCUUGAUGGGAGAAAAAAAUAUCCUUUACAAAAGAUUGCGACAUGUAGGGGUACGUCAUAGACGACGGCACUCAAUGGGCCAGAUCUGUAUUUGUUCAGCAGUUCAUACAGCUACAGCUUUCCCGGGAAUUUAGUCUAGGAAAUUUUACAAAUGGCGGAGGGAACAAAAGUGGUUUAAACAUUUCGGUUUCCUGACUUUCGGGACGGCACAAGUCGGUCUAAAUUCUGCUGUAAGACGACAUUGAACCUUGGAGAUCAACAUGGAGAGGCGACAGGCGCCAGUCCAGGUCCUUUUCCGUGUCAAAGGCCCUCUUCAACAACCGACCAAUCGCCAGUCUGCCAACAGAGGGCGCUAUGGCCCUUCCAACCGUCUAGACUAUCGCCCCAGAGGCGGUCCGGGUGGGGCGGAGUUUCGUGUUGCGGGGAGCGGAGGGGGACUUAAGUACAGCACCGGUCCUGGGGCCGUUGGGGGUAGGGGAGGUGGGGGUGGUGGGAGACGAACUGCCCCCGCUAAUUUUGUCCGGAACCCCAAAUUCCCCAAGAGUUUGUACGACGUGGAGAUGAGCAUGCGCCAAGUCUAUAAGAAUAAACCCCUCAAGAUCACCCCAGGAAUGUCGUUCCCAGACCCAAAGUCCAACAGGUCCAUCAGUAAUCCCAGGGCACCGAGAUUUGAGUACGAGUAUGAGCCGUCCCGUGAAGACUACAACAUCAUCCACAAUCCGAUGGCUGGUGCCGAGGAUGAGAGCGAAAUGAUGGCUGGUGGUUUGGUGCGGGAGCGGUACAUCGACGCUGUCGCGUACGGCAGCGACAGCGACACCGACAGCGACACUCCAGACGGUCAAUUCAUCAAGGACGACGACAGCGAAGUGUCUGAUGCUGAUGACGCCGACGGGGACGUGGAGGGCGUGAUGAUGCAGCAACAAGCGCAGAUGGAAGUUGAGCAGCUGUACGCGCACACCCGCCCCAAGGCGCACCGGGUCCGCGAGGCGCAGUUGCUGGAGACGGAGCCGCCGGCGUUCGAGCCGCAGCCCCCGCCGCCGAGGGCUCCCGUCGACCCGGUGCUGGUCAUCCCACGUGCGAUUGUACGAGAGGAGGAGUUGCAACGCGAGCAGCGCUACGGAAGCAGGAAUGGCGCCGCUAGCACUAGCACUCCGGACGACAACAACAACGGCAUGGAAUAAAAACAACGAGCUUGGCGUUUACUGUCUUUGGCGUUUUUCGUUGGCCAAAUUUACAGAAAGAAUAUUACAAAAUACAACAUUUUAAAGACAAAUUGAGCUGUGGUUCUGAGCAGAUAGAACCAGAUUUAUUAACACAACCCGACGUUUCGCUCAAUUGCAGUGCAUAAAAGCACCUACAUUGUACACUGUAAACAAGUUGGGCAAAAUGGCCAUCCGAUAAUUCUUCCUAAUAGUUUGACAGUUUUCACCCAAUUCAACCCAAUAUGAGGGAAUGCUGGGUAAGUUACAUUGCCCAACAGUGUGUACCCAACCUUUUUACAGUGUAGUUUAUCAUUAAAAAAAUAGAAUACCUGUUUUUGUUAUUAUCUUAAAACAAAUGUUUUGGUUUAAAACUUUAGUUUCGGGUCGAUCUGGGAACCUUUAUUUUCUGCAUUCUUAUUAUAUUUUUCAAAAUGUCGAAUUAUGAAAUGUGCACACUAAUAUAUAUAUAUUAUAAUGAGAUAUUCCGAUUUUACUUUAAAUUGGUCGGGGAAAUUAAUUGGUUCGAAGUUUUUUCUUAAUUUAUGAGUUGUAUUCUCCUUGAUAGAAACUUGAAAGGGCCAAUGUAAAAAAAAGUGUAAAUAAUGCUUUAAAUUUGCAACACAUUGUAGAAAAAAAAGCGUCGAGUUUGUAGUGCAAUAAAGCAUAGACGAAUCCGGGGAUAUGAUCACUGUGUACAAAGCUAUAAUGCUUUCGCCAUUGAAGGGGGCCUUCGUGAUAGAAUUGAUAUCGUGCUCAGAUUGGCCUAUAAUUUUAAGCAAUUAGGGUAGAUAAAUAACUGGGCUGACUUCAAGAAUAAAGUGAUUCUAAAGGUUCACAAAUGGCUUUGUAGCAAUAUCGAUCAUUGAUAAUUAUCGUACAAUAAAUGAAGUAAUAGUAAGGGAAUAUAUGAAGUUUAUUUGUAAAUGACAGUUGUAGAAAUGGCAGUUUUGGGAGAUGUAGUGUGCAGUGAUUGCAGAUUAUACACACAUGGGCCAACAUGUGGUUUUAAUGUAAAUGUUUAUGGCAUUUACCUUAAUUAAAUAAGUGGAGGUUUUUGGCAAAAUAUACUGCAAUAAGAUGAAAAGUAUGGGCAGUAGCAGCAAAUAAAAAGAAGGCAAUUUUUGAGGGA